AUGCCAUUAGUCUCGCCAUGUCAAAAAUGUAUUGCGGUGAAUAUAAACCGAAUCGUGGUACCGGCCCUAGUGGAGCUAGGCACGGAGUCAGUGAUCCUAGACUGCGACUACAACACAGGCGAGACCCCAGGUCCAGGUCUCGUCAUAAAGUGGUUCUUCAACGGGUCCACUGGCCUCGUCUACCAAUGGAUACCACCACUACAACCUCAAGUUAUUGGACUUUUAAAAGGAAAGGUCGACAUGAGCUUUAAAAUCUCGGAUGAACCGUUGCAGGCUUAUAGAGCCAUUAAAAUAAUAAAUCCGGGGACACACCUCAGCGGCAAUUAUACAUGUGUGGCGUCCACAUUCAUAGCAGAAGACAGUCAGACGGGAUCCAUGUUAGUGUACAGUCCGGGAAAGAGUUUCCAUUUUGACCAGGAGAAAAAAUACGUAUUCUUAGUUACUUUGAAAUGUGUAGCAGAGUACUUAUAUCCUCGGCCCGUAAUGACUAUUUUAUCAAAGGGUAAGCCACUGGAGCGAGCAAUCACGGACAUGAGAAUGGACUCCUGGGGCAUGUACACCGUGGAGACCACAGCACUGGUUCAUGAUGAUGACGUCACCAGUCCUUGGGAGGAGUUUGUCUGCGUACUGAGCUUGCCCCUAGCUAAUUACACUACUAAUAGAACUACUGUUUAUUACCCAGGUUUAAUGCCGACGCAUAGCGCAAGCAUAGAGGUCAAGAAACCUAUGGAACAUCAAGCUGCAAGCACAAUGAGAUUAAAAUACACAUACAUUUUGGUCUUAAUAUUAGCACCAUUAAUAAUAAGCGCCUACAAUUAUGAGGAAGAUGACGAGUUUGCCACAGUAGAAGAUGAUACAGAUUACAGAGGAGGCAGAAUACUAUGGCCCUACCCACUGAAGCAAAACAAUACGGGCAGUGCCAGAGACUCAGACUCUUUUAGGGACAUAGAAGAAAUGGUACGAGGAGCAGUCAGUGAACGUCAAAGGCGUUUCUUACAUUUGUCACCAAAAUCAAAAAAUAUGGUCGUAGACACGAUGAUGCAGUUUGUCUCACAACACCCGCAAAAUAAUGCCAAGGACCCUUUAGAUUUCUUAAGAGAUACAUACCCAUUACCCAAAGGAUAUAGCAGUCCACUGGAUGAGUAUGACUAUGUGAUCGUGGGAGGAGGAACGGCUGGGUCCGUAUUAGCUGCGAGGCUGACAGAAGACAAACCAAAAGUCAUGGUGUUGGUGAUCGAAGCUGGAAGACCUGAGACCAGCAAAGAUCAGCGUUGUUUUUGGCCUCGAGGAAAGGCGCUGGGAGGUACUAGUGUAAUCAACUACAUGUUAUACACCAGGGGCCGUCCACAGGAUUGGGAUAGGAUCGCUGCCGAUGGAAACUAUGGAUGGAACUACGAUGAAGUUCUAAAGUAUUAUAUAAAAUCUGAAAAAUCUGAAAUAAAGAAAUAUAAGAACUUACCAUACCGGGGCCGUGACGGAGAGCUAACAGUCGAGAAUAUUUCAUUCAAGACUGGUCUUGUUGAGGCUUUCCUCGCUGCUGGACGAGAAAACGGACACCCUACCGUUGAUUACAAUGCGCCAGAUCAAGUCGGUUUUGGUUACGUGCAAGCCACACAAAUAAAAGGACAUCGAAUGAGCGCUGCCAAGGCAUUCCUGCACCCUCACAAGCGACGACGUAACCUGCACAUCCUCACUGACGCUCGAGCCACCAAAGUCAUCAUCGACCCUCAAUCUAAAAGAGCAUACGCUGUAGAGUACGUGAAGGACGGCGUGAAGCGUAUAGUUCGCUGCCGACGCGAAAUAAUUUUAUCCGCCGGUCCAAUAGCCUCACCGCAAUUGCUCAUGCUCUCAGGAAUAGGACCGGCGGAACACUUAAAGUCGCUGGGAAUCCCUGUGCUUGUAAAUUUACAAGUUGGAAGGGUUCUUUACGAUCAUAUAGCAUUCCCUGGAGUUAUUUUCAAACUAAACACAACUAACGCUAGCUUGUUGGAGCCUAAAGUCGCAACAUUUUCAAACCUUAUACAGUGGUUACAAUUUGGAGAGGGACUGUUAACCACAGCCGGUGGAAUUGAGGGUAUCGGCUAUUUAAAGACAUCUGUGUCGCAAGACCCGGAAAACGUUCCUGAUAUAGAAUUGAUAAGUAUGGCCGGCUCUCUUAACAUAGAUUCCGGUGGUGCACUAAGGGAAAGCUGGAGACUUUCUAAGCCAAUUUUUGACUCCAUCUAUGGAUCUUUAUAUGGGAAAGAUACGUGGUCAGCCGUCAUUAUGUUAACACAUCCAAAGUCAAAGGGUUAUCUUGAGCUUAGAGAUUCUAACCCAUUUUCCCAUCCAAAAUUGUACGGUAACUACUUGACUGAGCCACAGGAUAUGGCAACCAUGUUAGAAGCCAUUAAGCAUGUUAUUCGGUUGGGCCAGUCGUCAGCUUUUGCUAAGUAUAAUCCUAAAUUGUUCUUAGGUGAGUAUCCAGCUUGUAAAAACUUUGUUCCUGGAUCAGACCCGUACUGGGAAUGUGCAAUUAGAUCCAUGGUAAUAACACUCCACCAUCAAAUCGCAACGUGUAGAAUGGGUCCUUUGAGUGACCCCUAUGCUGUGGUAGACCCAGAAUUGAGGGUGUACGGUGUGGAUGGACUGAGAGUGGUGGACAGCAGUGUGAUUCCACGACCAACGAAUGCACAUACCGCUGCACCUGCUAUUAUGAUUGGAGAGAAGGGAGCCGACUUAAUAAAGAAAACAUGGUUAAAUGUGUUCUCAUAA